AUGGCUGUUAAGCGUUUCUUUGACAGCUCCUUCGAUGAGAUGUGUAAACAUCUCACUGCUUUCGAAUUAGAACGACGAUCAGCUCCUAUCGUAGCACAAUCGGAGCGACGGACCACCUACACUUCGACUGCGAAGCCUAAGUCAGCUACCUAUCAGACAAGAGAGUAUCGCCCACCCACGCACGAAGUAAGGUCCGACCCCGCUCCGACCCCACCUCGGGCUUUCUCGAGUGUGCCUAGGCCUGCCUCUAAGACACUACCCGGACACUUUGCGAGCGACUGCACAAUCCCUCGGGUAAGAGAGAUAGAAGCUUUCCAAGAAGAAGAGGUGUUUAAGGAAGCUGCAGAAUACCAGUCGGAUAAGGACCGGUCGGGAAACGACGAAGCCUAG